CCCACGGGCCGCCCCCUGGGCCCUGUGUCCCUUCCCCCGCUGGCGGGGCCCGGACAGAAGAUGGUGCAGAAGAAAACAGCCGAACUUCAGGGCUUCCACCGAUCAUUCAAGGGGCAGAAUCCUUUCGAGUUGGCCUUCUCUCUAGACCCAGACCACCACAGGGACUCUGACUUCAGCCCACCGUGUGAGGCCCGCCCUGACAUGCCCACCAGCCAGCCCAUCGACAUCCCAGACGCCAAGAAGAGAAGCAAGAAGAAGAAACGGUGCCGUGCUACCGACAGCUUCUCGGGCAGGUUUGAAGAUGUGUACCAGCUGCAGGAGGAUGUGCUCGGGGAGGGGGCCCAUGCCCGUGUGCAGACCUGCGUCAACCUCAUCACCAAUCAGGAGUAUGCAGUCAAGAUCAUCGAGAAGCAGCCAGGACACAUCCGAAGCCGGGUGUUCAGGGAGGUGGAGAUGCUGUACCAGUGCCAGGGACAUAGGAACGUUCUAGAGUUGAUCGAGUUCUUCGAGGAGGAAGACCGCUUCUACCUGGUGUUUGAGAAGAUGCGGGGUGGGUCCAUCCUGAGCCACAUUCACAAACGGCGGCACUUUAACGAGCUGGAGGCCAGCGUGGUAGUGCAAGACGUGGCCAGCGCCUUGGACUUCCUGCACAACAAAGGUGGGCCUGGGGCCAGCAGGGUCCCCCUUGGUCCCAGCCCAGGGCCAGCCCCACCCAUUGGAACCCCAUGUGGCUUCCCCCCAGGCAUUGCCCACAGAGACCUAAAGCCGGAGAACAUACUCUGUGAACACCCCAACCAGGUCUCCCCCGUGAAGAUCUGUGACUUUGACCUGGGCAGCGGCAUCAAACUGAACGGGGACUGCUCCCCCAUCUCCACUCCGGAGCUUCUCACUCCGUGUGGUUCGGCCGAGUACAUGGCCCCUGAGGUGGUGGAAGCCUUCAGCGAGGAGGCUAGCAUCUACGACAAGCGCUGUGACCUAUGGAGCUUGGGCGUCAUCCUCUACAUCCUGCUCAGUGGCUACCCGCCCUUUGUGGGCCACUGUGGCAGUGACUGUGGCUGGGACCGUGGCGAGGCCUGCCCUGCCUGCCAGAACAUGCUGUUUGAGAGCAUCCAGGAGGGCAAGUAUGAGUUCCCUGACAAGGACUGGGCCCACAUCUCCUUCGCUGCCAAAGACCUCAUCUCCAAGCUGCUCGUCCGAGAUGCCAAGCAGCGACUGAGCGCUGCCCAAGUCCUGCAGCACCCCUGGGUGCAGGGGUGCGCCCCGGAGAACACCCUACCUACGCCCAUGGUCCUGCAGAGGAACAGCUGUGCCAAAGACCUCACGUCCUUCGCAGCCGAGGCCAUCGCCAUGAACCGGCAGCUGGCCCAGCGCGAGGAGGACGCAGCCGAGGAAGCGGCCGCAGGGCAGGGCCCACCAGUCGUCAUCCGUGCUACCUCACGCUGUCUGCAGCUGUCCCCACCGUCCGAGUCCAAGCUGGCCCAGCGGAGGCAGAGGGCCAGCCUGUCUGCCGCCCCUGUGGUCCUGGUGGGAGACCACGCAUGACUCCUUCCUGGCUGCCCCUGUACAUAGGUCGCCCCUGCCCCAUCAGAUCUGAAAGGUUUUUAAGCUACGGCCAGCAGGUGCCAGGGCUGCCCUCCCCUCUGGCUUCUUCCCCAGGCUGAGCUCAGCUGGGGGUGGAUUUUUAUAGAAGGUUUUGCUGUUCAUUUUUUUCCCUCUUUUUCCCCAAUCCCUCUCCCAUCUUUUGUUUUUAUGUGUUUUGUUUUCUUUUGUUUUGUUCCUUUUAACAAUGUUCCAAACAAGUGCCCGGGGAGGAGAGCGGAGGCCUCAAGGCUGGGAGUCCCCCGCCCCCAGCCCCCGUGAUGUUCACCUGUACUGUGAAGGUCUCCACCCCGUCCAGUCACCUGAGUCCCUGCCACCUCCCAUGUCACCUGCCUCCAGCCACUUUGCCGUCUUCCAACACCAGUGGGGCGCACAGGGCCCCCAAGCCCCCUUCCCAGCCCUUGGUAUUUUCAGGAAUGGCCCCCUCCAUAGCCAAGGGCAGGGGGUGCCCCAUGUCUGCAGGCAGGGUGGACAGCCACCCACCCCUAUUCCUGAGCUCCUAUCUGCCCCGUCCCCGAGAGUUGACAAUCGGGGUUUUUCCCAGGCCUGUCUGAGCAGGCCCCUGCCAGCUGGUCGUGGCCUCUGACCUUGACCUUAUACGACAGCUGACAGGGGUCACAACCACCCCCAGGACCGAAGCUGGAGCCUCAUGUCUGCCAUGCAUCUCUGUCCCGAGCUGGCCCCAGCAAGGUGGAUGGGGGAGCUAGGCAGGUGUCCAUCUGCCAACGUGGGGCCCAGAAGUGUCCCCACUCCCUCUGGGCACCUUAAUGCCCCUUCUCAGGGCUCAGUAUGGCCACAGCCACAUUCUGCCCCACACUGCCCCUGGGUCUGGCCUUUGGAAGCUCUGCUGGCCCCAUCCCUGGAGCUGGACCUGGGGUCCCCCUGAGGAUUCCCCCAUCCUGCUCCCCCCAGGGCAGCAAUUUGGCUGUGCCCUCAUUCAGGAAAGUGGCUGCAGCUGCCUCAGCCUCUAGUGGGCCACCCAGAAAUGGUCAGGGAGGGUCCCUGGGUGCCCCCCUCGUUUUCCCCAGCUCUAACCAGGCACCUGGUCAGCCUGCCUAAGUGCAGGGGAGCCUGGGCCACUCCUGUCCUCGGCUGGCCGUGAACUACUAUGCAAUAUGAGUUCCCAUUUUCUACGUGCACGUGUGGCCCUGCAGGUUGGGGGGGCACCUGGGCCCCGAUAUGCCCUACCCACCCUGGCCCAGGGUCUGCUCAGGUGUCUGGGCCAGGGCAGGGCCGCCCCCUUGGCCUCCAAAUCCAUGGUCGGGAUUGUUUGUUGUGUUUAGUUUUUUUAAAAAAGAAAACAAAAAGUAUCAUCUGACUUGCUUCUCUGUUCUUGAAGAAUACUUGAAUGUCGAGGGGCCUUAUGGGUAGGGGGCUGGGACACUGCCCAGCCCACCUCUGCCCUCCCCAAGUCUCGUACGAUUGUCACAGUCUGGCGGCAGGCAGGGGUGACGUGUGCCCUCUCCGGCCCUCUGCCUGCCUGUAUCCGUGGACUGGCCUUUCCAAAGACCCGGGACCCAUGGUCCUGCCUGCCUGGGGGUUCUCAGCUUUCUUGUGUAAAAGAACAAAUGGACCUUUACCCACUGCAGGCAUCGUGACCACUGGACUCCAGAACACAGGGCAAUGAGCAGCUUCUGAUUUUUGUGUAUUUUUCUCCCGAGAGGUGAAACUGCCCCCCCACCCCCCUUGCCUCCACGCUGCGACAGAGGACCGGUCAGAACCGUUACUGUGAAUGCGUGGAUGACCCUGCUGCAGCGGCGAUGGCUGGGGAAGGGGACAGCCACUGCCAACAUUGGCAUGUUCAAGAAGACACGCUUCAGAAAUUUUUUAAAAAGUGGGACGAGGACAUCCAAGCACUUUAAACAGCGUACCAGGUGAACAGACAGAGCUCAGAAGUUUUCCUUUACACCAACUGUCAAUGCCAGAAUUUUGUAUUCUGUUUUGUAAGGAUUUAAUAAAAGUAAAAAGCCUGGCUUUCUC